AUGCUCUACAACAACCAGUUAGUGCAGAAGUGUUUCGGAAUCACAGACAUUCCAGGAACGAUUGUUUGUAUUCUUGAGUGCACCCUACCUCCUGUAGAUAGGCGUGGGUGUACAAGUACCCCAAAAGCAAAAUUCAUUUGGUGCAGGGCUUCGCAGCUAGGCCAAAUCGAUGUCAUUCAGGAGUUGAUAGCGGCGGAUGCAAUCGAAUUGAACGCGCAGGACGGCAACGGGUGGACCCCUCUCAUGCACGCCUGCGCCCGCGGGCACAGGUCAGUCGUAGGGGCAUUGCUGACCGCCGGAGCUAGCGUGGAUAUCGAGAGUCACGACGGGCGAACCGCUCUGCAUCGAGCAGCGACUUGGAAACGACUGGGGCCCCUCGACCAACUCAUCGAAGCUGGUGCAGACGUGCGGCACGGGGCGCGAAACAAGUGGACCCCCCUCCACUGUGCAGCGGCAGCUGGAGAUGCACACGCCUGCUCAAUUCUGGUGGGGGCGGGAGCCGACGUGGACGCACAGGUGUGA